CAGGAAGCUAAUGUAGAUAGCGUUCUAAAAACAGCUGAUACAAUUCGUACAUAGUUUUGUACUUUGAAUUUAGUUUGGUUAUUGGUUUAGUUUAUUAUUUGUAAUAUCCCGAUUUUUAUUAAUAAUUUUUAUAGUGUCAUAAUGACUCUUUCAAAUAUAUCAGGAAUACCAGAUAAACAUUGGCAACCUCCUUUCGUGGCUUUUGAGACAACUAUGGGUGAAAUAGUCAUUGAAUUAUACUGGAAACAUGCACCUAUAACGUGUAGAAAUUUUGCUGAAUUGACACGUCGUGGAUAUUACAAUGGUACAAAGUUUCAUAGAAUAAUUCGUGAUUUUAUGAUACAAGGUGGAGAUCCAACUGCUACAGGAAAAGGUGGUAUGUCCAUAUAUGGAGAUAGUUUUGAUGAUGAAAUUCAUGAUGAUUUGAAACAUACUGGCGCUGGUAUAUUAUCCAUGGCAAACUCUGGACCAGAUACAAAUGGAUCUCAAUUUUUUAUUACAUUAGCACCUACACAGUGGUUAGAUGGAAAGCAUACUAUAUUUGGACGAAUUCAUUCUGGUAUGGCAAUAGUAAAAAGAAUUGGUCUUGUUGAGACAGAUAAGAACGAUAGACCUAUCGAUGAUGUUAAAAUUGUUAAAGGAUCAGUGAGAAAUGCAUGAAUCUUUUGAAUGGAAGAUAGUAGAAGCAGGAGAUUAAAGUAAAUAUGGAUCAACUGGAAAAACCAGGAUUAGUAUGUUCUAUAACACAUCGACGACAAUAACGUUUAACUGCGCGGUAUCCAACCCAAGUUACUCUAGGGCAUUCUCCGAUAUUUAACUGUCUCAAACCACGUACGUAAUACGCUAAUGCUUCCAGUCCAGCAUCUGUGAUUCGUUCGCAACCACAAAGAGAGAGCUUUUUCAAAUUAGGACAGCCUGUGGAAAGAGCCUCGAGUGUGGCAUCACCGAUAUCGCAUUUUCCUAUGUCAAGAGCUCUGAGCCGUGGACAUCCACGUGCCAAAGCCGAAGUAGCGCUAUCACUGAGUGCUUCGCAACCACGUGCAUUCAAGUAACGUAAUUUAUAACAAUGUCUUGCUACCACAAGCAAACCGGCAUCAGAUACACGGUCGCAUUUACCAACAGAAAAAUAUCUUAACGAUGGCCCUAGACGUGCGGCCACUUCACGUACACCAAAAUCUGUUAUUUUUGCGCAAUCAGAUACAGAAAGUUGUCGUAAAUUUCCACAGUAAGAUGCAAUAGCAACGAAACUGGCAUCGGUUAUACGUGCGCAUCGUCGGAGAUAAAGGCACGCAAGUUGUGGCAUACGGGAGAGCGUUAAUACCAAACCAGAAUCUUCAAUAUUGUGACAAUCGCUUAAAUCAAGCGAUUGUAAUUGCAACGAUGUUAUCCGGCUACAAGCUUUAGUCACACUCACACAUCCAGUUAAAUCUAAUUCUUUUAAAUGCACGCAAUUAUCUAAAAUGGCAGUCACAUUAGCAUCCGUGACGCGUCGCGAAUGACGCAAAAUUAGAGAAGUUAAACUUAAAAAUGGCAGUUGUCGAAAGACUCCAGGAAGACCUGUGGCACCUUCCAAUAUCAACCGGCGAAUACAAGAAUGACAUCCUCGCUGUGCUAAAGCAUUUAGUGCUAUAGUCGCAUUUUGAGGAUACUGUAUUUCAACUUCCUUCCAUAAGGAUGGAUGCCACGCUAUUUCCCAUAGACGUCUACAAGUUUGCGCCAAAGCACAGCGAUCUCUAGUACUUAACCAGGAGAAAAUUUUUAAUAACAACUCAUCGUCAAGUUGGUAAAGACCUGUAACAUAUGCUCUUUUCUGUUGUGACAGCGGUUGUUGUCUCGUAGAUACAGAUGUAAUAGCAGAUGAGGAAGGCACACGACAACCACUGUUGUCAAGAGUAUGGUAUCCAAGAUCAAUUGCAUCAGAGGAUGGCCUGUAUAAAGACACUUUCUGUGUUGUAUAUCCAAUUCCUCGUUCAGAGUUAUUUUUCUCCCCAAAAGAUGGAAAGAGGAGUGGACAGGAUCCAUCCAUUCCAUGCUCUGAUUUUUAAAAGAAGAAAAAAUUUUAUUUUAAUUAAAAUGUUAAAAUAUAAUGAAAAUUCAAGAUAA